AUGGACUUCAAACUGAAAUUAUUUUUAUUUUUGACGAUCAUUGUCAACUGUAACGGACAUUUCAAUAAAUUGAAGACCACGUACAAUAAAAUUAUGGAUCGUCUUCAUAAUUUCAGUAUCGAUUUGCACAUCGGGCAUCAGACAACACCAACACCGCUACCAAUUUACCCUCAAACUAUCACAGUGGUAAUCAAGAAUCCAAUGGAUGAGGGGCCUCAUGAUAAUGGUUAUGACGGCUAUAAUAAUAGUAACCAACAAAAUAAGGGAGGAAAUAUGAAUAACAACCACCAGUAUCAACCUGGAUAUAAUGGAACAAACCAAAACUCACCAGGACAUAGCAAUGGGAACGACGAAGGAAAUAAGGCAAACCAAAUAGAUCAAAAGUAUAACAGCCAAGAUACGCCUAAUCCUGGAAACAAUAAAAUACAAUAUAGAAACCCUUAUUAUAAACAAAAUAAACAGAAUUCACCACCAAGUGUCCAAAAAGAUCAAAUAGAUAUAAGAUUUGGAAACAAUUAA